GAGAUUAAAUGGUUUACUCAAACUACAAGAAUGCCUGAUCAAGUCCUCAUCAAUCUUUUUGAUCAAGAUAUGCUAGGAGUAGAGUCUCUAGUGCUUGCAAUAGCCACACCCUAUGAUCAACUUCCCACUGUGAUAGAUAUCAUUGACAAUUAAACUGAGAUGGUGCACACUCUUGCUCGUUCGUUGGCUAAGAAAUUGAGUCUACAGGUGUUUUUGAAUUACAACCAUUCAAGUGAAUUAACCUUGGAGAUAUUCCAAUAAUUGAGAGAGAAAUUAAUUGAAUCAAUAAUAUAAUAAUGAUUAAGGUCUAUAAUCCUGAAUUGCUUAUUUCUAAUGCAUCUGACAAAUUGACAUAGUUAGUUAGAGAUGACUUUAAGCCCUUCAUCCUCAGAUGUGAAUAACACAAACUAUGCGUCUUAGAAAAUGAGAAUCUAAUUCUCUUUUCUCUUCUUUUUGAUAAAUGUUAGCCAAUCAUCGAUGAAGCCUAAUUAACGAUUACAUUUGUGAAUUAGAAGGAUCAAUCUAAAAUUAUAGCAAUUAAAUUUGCAGACAAGAAAACAAUGUCCUAUUUACAACAUAAUAUUAAUUCAAGGAAAACAUACACAUAGUAUAUGGGUCCUUUGGCAUAUCAGCCAGUGAGAAAAGAGAGGACAUCGUUAUUAAGUACAGAAUCGCCAGAGUAGAAUUUUCGAGGAAUAUUAAAUCUGGGAAUUUUGAUAUUAAUAGCUAAUCAUAUUAGAUUAAUAUUCGAGAAUUUUCAAAAGUAUGGUCUGUUAAUUACGAAUGUGUUCUGGAAGUUUGAGAUGAUGAAUAUCAAUGGCAAUCCUAUUAUGUAAGCUCUGUUAAUCUUAAUGAUUAAUUUGUUUAUUGGGUUUGGAAUUCAAUAUUUGCAAUUUAAAAGAAAUCUGAGUACUGGAAUAAUUAGAACUUUUAAUAUUACCAAUAUUGUAUUAACCAUAAUAAUACCUUGCUAUUUAAUUUAAGGGUCACAUCCAGGAUUGAAUUUGAUUUUACUGGGUGUUUAAUUCAUAGCCUUCAUGAAAUUGAUAAGUUAUGCUCACUUUAUGAGAAAUACUUACUUCUAUAUCUAAAGAAUUAAGUAAGUGAAAAAUAAGAAAGUGCCUCUUGACAAUUUCUUCGCUGAAUAUGAGGUCAAUGCUGAAAACCUAAAAAUCUUAGAGAAAUACUCACAAGAUCAAUCGCUAAUAUUGGACUUUAAACAUUUCUUAUACUUCUUAGCUGCUCCAACAUUGUGUUUCUAAUUGUCAUAUUUGAGAACAUAAUCUAUUAGAAAGGUUUGGUUGAUCAAGAGAAUAAUCGAAUACAUCUUCGUUAUUCUUUUUUUGGUCAUCAUUUGGUUCCAAUACACAGAACCACUUGUUGAGAAUACCUACAAAAUGCUAUCAAAGUCUCCAUCUUUGAUGGUGCUUGCCGAUAGAUUAUUAAAGUUAGCAAUACCCAAUACUUAUAUGUGGAUGGCACUAUUUUAUGGAUAAUUCUAAUGCUUUUUGAAUAUCACAGCAGAACUCUUGAGAUUCGCAGAUAGAGAGUUUUACAAGGAGUGGUGGAACUGCAAGAAUCUCGAAGAAUAUUGGAGAUUAUGGAAUUUGCCUGUCCAUCAUUGGUUAGUGAGGCAUGUCUAUUUUCCAUGUCUUAAAUCAGGUAUGAACAGAACAAUUUCAAAUAUGAUAGUGUUCUUAGUAUCAGCUCUAGGUCAUGAAUACAUUGUUAGCGCAUCUAUAGGUGUAGUGGAAGCUUGGGCAUUUGUAGGAAUGUUUGCAUAGGCACCAUUCAUGCUAUUAUAGAAGAAAUUAGAGAAGAUACUCAAAUUAUAAGACUCUUAAUUGGGUAAUCUAAUGUUUUGGAUGACCUUUUGUUUUAUUGGAUAACCAAUCAUGAUUUUUGUUUAUUACUUCAGAUAUUUGUAAAAGAUUGGCCAUCCAAUAUGAUGAUUGGUAUAGAGAUUUUGAUAUUAUAAAAAUAUUACAAUAUAAAAAGAUAAAAUUAAUUGACUA